GACAGAUCGCAAAACUAGCAUGCUUGCGUGUGUUUAUGUUGCUACGCGGUACUUUUAACUUUCGUAAUAAUAUUUUCGCGUUAGUCACGUAAUUUUUCGGCACAAGAUAGCUGUUAGCAAGCUUCCGCACAGCUCAUCAACGUGCACAAGAUGAGAGAAGUCUCGCCAGAGCCAGAAUGCGACAAUUACGCUUUCGUAGCGAAACUCGACAACGUCAAGAAAUUGUCACAGCUGCUGAAAGCGAUCCAUGUUAGAGAUCUUGCAACGGUUGAUAUCAACGAGAUAGGAAUGAGGGUCAUCGUAGAAGAAGCGAAAUGUGUCCAGGCAAUCGCUUUCGUGCAACGAGAGCUAUUCGACGAUUUCAUCGUGAAGGAUGAACGUGUGGUGUUCGAUAUUAAUUUGAAGGUGUUAUUGGACUGUCUGACCAUGUUCGGUUCAAGUGGUACAGCUGCUGCAAUGAGAAUGUGCUACAGCGGAGAAGGCAGCCCAUUAGUUCUAUUCCUGGAAGAGGCAGGUGUCCUCACAGACUGUGAAAUUCGAACUCUGGAAGCAAGUGAUGUCAUGGACUUCAACUUAUCGAAGGAUAAUGUCAUCAACGUUAUCAUCUUCCGUUCGGAGAGCUUAAAAGAAGUUUGGUCGGAGCUAGAUACGUCAAGCGAAACCGUUGAGAUCUUGAUGUCACCGGACGAGCCGUACUUCCGCCUGACCACGCGCGGUACUGCCGGCACUGUACAGAUUGAAUACACGAGGACAUCGGAUAUGAUCGACAGCUUCGACUGCAAGAAGCUGCUAAAAACAGCGUAUAAACUCAUGCUGCUGAAACACUCAUUCAAGGCAAUGAACUUGUCAUCUCGGGUUGCCCUCCGUACAGACUGUGAUGGUCUACUUGGGUUGCAGUUCCUCAUAAAGACAGACGAAGGAGUGUCAACUUUUGUGGAAUUCUAUUGCACUCCGGACGAAGCACUAGAGGACUAACUGUGACGCUCUUCCUGUAAAAUGACUAUUUUAUGUACAUAUAUGCUUAUAGAGUUCUGUGUUGUUCCUUUGUAAAUAUGAAUGCAGAUUCUCAUUGCAAGUUUGUUUUUUGUGUCCUUCCUGCGCACAAGAGGGAAGUGAAAGCAUCAGUGGUAUUAAAAUAAUUUGAGAGAAAAUA